AUCGGAGUCAUCAUCGGUCCGAUAUUUUGGAUCCGUGCUCCAUUGACGAACAAACAACACUCUUCUUUUCCUAAGUUCCAACCAUUUUAUUAGCUCCUUCACCGGAGCUUCACAUCGGGAACAAUGGCGGCGAGUAGGAAGAUUUGUCAUUCUCUGAUCGUCUUCCUCAUAGCGAUUUCUACAGUCUAUGGUGUUUCCGCGGAUUCGAUAAAAGGCUGCGGUGGUUUUGUCGAGGCGAGUUCGUCUUUGGUCAGCUCACGGAAAGGAUCCGAUGGGAAACUGGAUUAUUCUCAUAUCACGGUUGAGCUUCAAACAGUAGAUGGAUUGGUAAAAGACAGUACACAGUGUGCCCCAAAUGGUUACUAUUUCAUCCCAGUAUAUGACAAGGGCUCAUUCAUUCUCAAGAUAAAUGGACCAGAGGGAUGGUCAUGGAAUCCAGAUAAGGUCUCUGUCGUUGUUGACGACUCUAGUUGCAACAACAAUGAGGAUAUUAACUUCCGCUUCACGGGUUUUACAUUAUCCGGUAAAGUCCUUGGAGCUGUUGGUGGGGAGAGUUGUGUGAUUAAGAAUGGAGGUCCAGCUGAUGUCAAUGUUGAAUUGUUGUCUUCUGAUGGAGAUCCCGUUGCUUCUGUUCUCACAUCGUCAGAUGGGAGCUACUUAUUCAAGAAUAUUAUUCCAGGAAAAUACAAUAUCCGUGCAUCCCAUCCAGAGCUGCAGGUUGAAGUUCGCGGUUCAAUAGAGGUGGAACUUGGAUUUGCAAAUGGCAUGGUGGAUGACAUAUUCUUCGUCCGUGGUUAUGAUCUCAAGGGGUCUGUUGUUGCUCAGGGAAAUCCAAUCCUGGGUGUUCAUAUAUAUUUGCAUUCAGAUGAUGUUUCCAUGGUAGAUUGCCCCCAAGGAUUUGGUGACGCUGCUGGAGAAAGGAAGCCUCUCUGCCAUGCUGUAUCCGAUGCGGAAGGAAUUUUCAGUUUCAAGUCCAUCCCUUGUGGAAAAUACGAAUUGGUGCCACAUUAUAAGGGUGAGAAUACGGUCUUUGAUGUUUCACCUCCUGUUAUGCCUGUUUCUGUAGAGCAUCAACAUGUCACCGUUCCCCAAAAAUUUCAGGUAACAGGAUUCUCCAUAGGGGGUCGUGUAGUUGACGGUAAUUCAGUGGGAGUUGAGGGCGUUAAAAUCUUAGUAGAUGGUAGUCUAAGAUCUGUCACGGACAAGGAAGGCUAUUACAAGCUUGACCAGGUUACGUCAAAUCAGUAUACGAUUGAUGCAGUCAAGGAGCAUUACAAGUUUGACAAACUGAAGAAGUUCAUGGUUUUACCAAAUAUGGCUUCACUACCAGACAUCAGUGCUGUAUCCUAUGAGAUCUGUGGUGUGGUGCGAAUGUUUGGUUCUCGUCACAAAGCAAAGGUAGCUUUGACUCAUGGACCCACAAAUGUCAAACCACAAAUGAAGCUAACAGAUGAGACCGGAACUUUCUGCUUUGAGGUUCCACCAGGCGAAUAUAGGCUGUCUGCUUUGGCUGCUACACCAAAGGGUGCUUCUGAGCUUCUGUUUUUGCCAGCUUAUUUGGAUGUUGCCGUUAAAAGCCCAUUGUUGAACAUAGAAUUUUCUCAGGCCAGAGUCAAUGUGCAUGGUUCUGUUACUUGCAAGGAGAAAUGUGGUCCGUCUGUGUCAGUGGUGCUUGUGGGAGCGGCUGGUGAUCGUGACAAGAAGACAGUUGUUUUAACCGACGAGAGCAGUCAAUUUCUAUUUUCAGACAUACUGCCUGGAAAAUAUAGAGUUGAGGUGAAAAGCAUUUCACCGGAAGCCGCAUCUGAUGAAGACAGUUGGUGCUGGGAUCGUAGCUCCAUUGAUGUGAAUGUCGGAACUGAGGAUAUCAAAGGGAUUGAAUUUGUCCAGAAAGGUUACUGGAUUAAUAUUGUCUCCACCCAUGAGGUGGACGCUAGAAUCGCUCAUCCUAAUGGAUCACCUACUAGUUUGAAAAUCAAGAAAGGUUCGCAGAAAAUAUGCGUUGAGUCACCUGGAGGGCAUGAGCUUCAGCUUUCUGACUCAUGCAUGUCCUUUGGGAGCAAUUCAAUAAAGAUAGAUGUCUCAAAUCCACAGCCUAUUCAUCUGAAAGCAGAGAAGUACCUCCUCAAAGGUCUGAUAAAUGUGGAGUCUAGUUCAACUAUUGAGUCUGAAUUGCCAGAGAAUUUCAUUGUUGAUAUUCAAGACAAGAAAGGAAAUGUUAUCAACAGUAUUACUGCCAAACUUGCAUCUGAUGGAAGUGGGGUUUAUGAGUACUAUACCUGGGAAAAUCUUGGUGAAAAGAUUAGCUUUGUUCCUCGAGAUUCUAGGGGUAAUGUGGAGAAGAAGAUGUUGUUUUAUCCUAAAGAGCUUCAUGCUGUAGUGUCAAAUGAUGGAUGCCAAGCUUCAGUUUCUCCAUUUACUGGUCGGCUUGGUCUUUACAUAGAAGGAUCAGUCUCUCCUCCUCUUCCUGGUGUUCAUAUUAAGGUUUCCGCUGCAAAAGACAGCCUUAUUUCUUCACUUAAGAAAGGUGAAGUAGCUAUUGAAACAAGCACUUCACCAGCUGGUUCAUUUGUUGCUGGGCCUUUGUAUGAUGAUAUACCAUAUGCCACCGAGGCUUCAAAGGCUGGCUACCAUAUUAAAAGGCUAGGACCAUAUUCCUUCUCUUGCCAGAAGCUUGGUCAGAUCUCUGUGCGUGUAAACUCAAAGGACAAUGCCGAGACAUCAAUACCUCCGCUGUUGUUAUCAUUAAGUGGCGAUCAUGGUUACAGAAAUAAUUCCAUAUCUGGCGCUGGUGGACUCUUUGUGUUUGAUAGCUUAUUCCCUGGAAAUUUCUACUUGCGUCCCCUUCUUAAGGAAUAUUCUUUCAAACCCGCAACACUGGCUAUAGAACUAAGUUCUGGGGAGUCCAGUGAAGCUGUCUUUGAGGCUACUCGUGUUGCCUACAGUGCAAUGGGUAGAGUCGCUCUCCUAUCGGGCCAGCCACAAGAAGGUGUUGCAAUUGAAGCUCGCUCUGACUCCAAAGGAUACUAUGAGGAGACUACAAGUGAUAUUAAUGGAAAUUAUCGACUGAGAGGGUUACAUCCAGAUGCAACAUAUGUAAUUAAAGUGUCGAAGAAAAUUGGUUCAGGCAACAAUAAAAUUGAACGUGCAUCUCCAGAGUCAGUUUCUCUUCAGAUUGGUUAUGAAGAUAUCAAUGGGCUCGACUUUUUGGUAUUUGAACAACCAGAAACGACCAUAUUGACGUGCCAUGUCGAAGGAAAACAAAACGAAGAUCUAAACUCGAAUCUGCUAGUGGAGAUCAAAUCAGCCAUUGAUAAAUCUAAGAUAGAGAAUGUCUUUCCACUACCACUCUCCAACUUCUUCCAAGUAAAAGGCUUACCCAAAGGUAAGCACCUCGUGCAGCUUAAAUCCAGUCGUCCUUUGAUCUCCCACAAAGUAGAAUCAGAGAUUAUUGAAGUUGAUUUUGAGACAAAUGCCCAAAUCCAUAUCGGUCCACUUCGAUACAGCAUCGUGGCAGAUCAUCAGAGUCAGGAAGUGACACCUGCAGCUAUAUUGCCACUGGUUAUUGGAGUUUCGGCAAUUGCUCUGUUCCUCAGCAUCCCCAGGUUGAAAGACAUCUACCAAUCCACGGUUGGGAUUUCGUCUCCCGGGUUCACUACAUCUGCCAAGAGAGAACCUCGAAAAGCUGUUGCUAGAAAGAAGACGUUCUGAAGAAUUUAUUCAUCUUCAGUCUUUUUUUGUUUUGUUUUUUGUUAUAUAGUAUCGUUAGAGGGAAUUUAUUCAAAACAUUGCAGAACUCAGAAACUCCUCUAAUCCAUUUAAAGUUUAGAGAAACGCUCAAUCUAGUCUUCUUUUUACCAUUUUUUUUUAUGUGAAUUGUGUUAGAAUCUUUUUCUCCAUGACUAUUUCCAAAAACUCUGUUAUCA